GUCCAUUAACAUUAACCAAUUUAAUUUACCCACUAUAAUAUACAUACAUAUAUACGUAAAAGAAAUAACUAAUAAUCGAACUUAAAUUAAACCCAUGUGGCUUUAGAAUAUGUACAUUUUUUAUUAAAUCUUUAAAUAUAGAAAUUGUGUGUCCAUAAUUGCAAAAAUCUAACAAAAAUAGAAGAAAUCAGCAACUGAACUGUUUAACAACAUUAUACGACCUUGUAAUUACAAUAUUGUAAAAAUAAAACCCCUCAAACUCUUCAGCGAACUUUUUCCAACUGCUGCUCCAUAUAAAAAAGAAAAAAGAAAAAAAAAAACAAUUUUACCUUUCAAAUCGAAAAAUCAAAGGCAGUAACUUUGAUUAAAUACAUACAUAUUUGUGUUGAUGCAAUUAAAUUCCUAGUCAUAAUAAAUUAACUAAAUACAUAUAUUUAAAUGAAUAUAUAUUUUAUUUGUAAAAUCCAAUUCCCUGCGAGUGUGUAAAAAUUUGUAUAAGCGUGUGUGAGUACGAGCAAAUAAGAACACGAAAACAAAGUAAUAAAAUCUGUAAAAAUAGAAAAACAAGACAGAUAACGCAAGUCCCCCACUUCAAGCACCCUUCAUACCCACAAAUCAAUUGAUCUCCGUAACAUCAGCUGACAUGAUAUUGCAAAGAAUUAUUGGCCGUGGCGCCGUAGGUAACCAGUUUUAUGGGUUUGCUCGGCGAACAAUUGUAUCUGGUGGAUCGAACGAUACACCGACCGAUGCAAGUUCAACUGCUGCUAGUCAUGGAGCUGCUUCAAAACCGGAAAAUAAAGUCAAUGCAGAGCAAACGAAAAAGUCGAGUAGUGUGAUAAGAGAUGCAGACAUAAAAAAAUCGGUGUUUAUCUCACAAUCAUAUGACAUAUUCACUAACUUGGCAUUGGAAGAUUGGCUUUAUAAGAAUUUCGAUUUUAGUCAUCAUCAUGUUCUGUUGCUAUGGGCAAAUGAACCUUGUGUCGUCAUAGGACGGCAUCAAAAUCCGUUCACCGAGGCAAAUGUUUCUAAACUCAUGGACAAAGGUAUUACAAUUGCCCGUCGUAACAGUGGUGGUGGGGCCGUCUACCAUGAUCGUGGCAACCUUAAUUGCACUUUCUUCACCCCUCGCGAGCGGUAUAAUCGCAAAUACAAUUUAAAUAUUUUGACGCGCGCACUCUUUCGCGAAUGGGCUAUCAAGGCAGACAUAAACGAACGCGAUGAUAUUGUUAUCAAUAAUAAAAAAAUUUCUGGUACUGCCGCAAAACUUGGACGCCCGAAUGCUUAUCAUCAUUGCACGUUGUUGGCUAGCACUAAUAAGGAGAAUUUGGGAGACUCGCUUAUUAAAGAAGAGGCGAAUUACGUUACAAAUGCAACUGCGUCCGUACGUUCUCCAAUCAAAAAUCUGUGUGAUGUCAAUCGGACUGUUAAUGUAUCUCAACUUCUGUCCGCCGUGGGCUAUGAAUUUUUGCGUACUGUCGCAACUGAACUAGAGGACGGUGGUAAUAUUCAAACAAUGAAGCAACGUGGUUUUCAGUUGAUAAAUCCCACUGAGAAAUGGUUCCCAGGGAUUAGCAGUUUGCGAAAUGAGUUUGGGUCAUGGGAUUGGGUGUAUGGAAGAACGCCUAAGUUUAAUGUGAAAAAAGAACUGUAUUUGAAAGUGGAGGACAAGAGUCAUAAAAUUAUAUUAAACGUUGAAGUAGAAAAGGGUAUAAUAAAUAAUAUAAACAUAAUAAUGCCAAAUAAUGAAGAGGUACCUGUCGUAUCUGGAUUGCAAAAUAAACCAUUUAAUGAAAAAAAUUUAAAUGGAAUUAUAACCGCUCUAAAAUUAGUAUCCACGGACAACGUAAAGCAAGCCAUAAAUGGCGUGUAAGCGUGUGAAUGAUAUAGAAUUAAUUUCGAUGUAUAAUUAAUAUAUAUUUUUCUAUGUUUUUUAAUAAAAAAAUAUUUGUUAUGAAAUUAUAUAUGUACCAUAACA